UUCCGUGCAGUAGGAAAAUGGAAAAACCACAAGCUGCCACGAGCUCAAUGCACGUCUUCGGCUCCAAACUUCUGGAUUGCGAAACGCAACAAAGAUUCAAUGGACCACCAAAAGAGAGCAUAGUAUUGGAGAAGUCUCAUAUGGGCAAUCUGUAAUUGCCACGAGGUAGGCUUCGGGGUAGGAGCUGUCACUUCCACACACAUGCUUCGGCUCCAGGUUUUUGGACUACGAUAUGCAACAAAGAUAGUCUUCCUCAAGCUGUUAUUUGAGAAGUCUCACUCUCCGGCUUCGUAGUCUGUGCUGUGGUGAGGUAAGGUUGCAGAUGUUUCUGUUACAUUCCUUCCUCCCACUUCCCAAUCCAAAGCCCCAUCCCCCUUCCACAAGCCAUCGGCUCCAAACUUCUGGACUGCGAGAUGCAACAAGAAAUCCCAUCUCAAGCAUCGUUUGGGAAGUCUCACAUCUAAUAUCCUCAGUCAUCUAUGUUUGCAGAUGCUCCCGUCACAUCCUCACAUCUCAAAGCCCCAUCCGUCACCUCACUCAUCUCAAGUUCCACAACAACCAUCGGCUCCAAACUUCUGGACUGCGAAACGCAACAAAGAUUCAUAAUCUGAGCUCUUAUUUGAAGGGUCUUAUGCAAGGCGUCUGUGCUGCCACGAGGGGUGUUCGUUCUAGUUCUGGCUGUUGUUACUUACGCUGUUUCCCUCACAUCCAUCCCAAAGCCGCAUCCGUCACCUCCCUUCCUUCUAAUCCCCUACCCUUCUGCCUCACAAUCACCGACUCCUUCUCCCUCUACCCAGCAUUCACCUCAUCUCAUCUCAUCCAAAAAAGCAAACCCCAAUCUCAUCUAACCCUCAUCCCGAGAAAACCCACCCGCACCCCAAAAAAGGCGCCUCGGUACCAAACCUCCCAUCUACGACCUGCAACAAACCCCCCUCCCCGUCCCUCCCUCCCUCCAGCCCUAUCACUUCCACUUCCAAUCAAGAAUUCCACCUACCGUACCUACUGCCACCAUCCCACACACGGAAGUUAACCAGUCCAGUCCAAUCCAGUCCAGUCCAAUCCACUCCCUCGGCUCCAAACAACUCCAAUUGCGAAACGCAACAAAAAAAAAGAAAGAAUCCCCACCUCUCAGAAAAAAGUCCGUCCGAACCG